UUACUACAUUUGUUAACGGUUCACUCGUCCACUUAUAUUGAGGAAGAUUUGCAACAUUUGCUAAAGGACCACUACCCCAAUUAUAUUGAGGAAGAUUUGCAACAUUUGCUAAAGGACCACUACCCCAAUUAUAUUGAGGAAGAUUUGCAACAUUUGCUAAAGGAGCACUACCAAUAUUAUAUUGAGGAAGAUUUGCAACAUUUGCUAAAGGACCACUACCCCAAUUAUAUUGAGGAAGAUUUGCAACAUUUGCUAAAGGACCACUACCCCAAUUAUAUUGAGGAAGAUUUGCAACAUUUGCUAAAGGAGCACUACCAAUAUUAUAUUGAGGAAGAUUUGCAACAUUUGCUAAAGGAACACUACCCCAAUUAUAUUGAGGAAGAUUUGCAAAAUUUGCUAAAGGAGCACGACCCAAAUUAUAUUGAGAAAGAUUUGCAACAUUUGCUAAAGGAGCACUACCAAUAUUAUAUUGAGGAAGAUUUGCAACAUUUGUUAAAGAACCACUACCCCGAUUAUAUUGAGGUGGAAAAAUUACAUUUGUUAAAUUACUACCUCUAA